GCCGUCGCGCUCUCCCGCCGUGAGCCCGAGUCAAGUAGCGGUUCCGAUGGAGCCGCCCGUCGGGGCCGGAUUCCCUCCGCUCCCGAACGCGGACGCGCACGUGCACGCGCACGGCCCGGCGUCGCCUCCUUCGCUGCCCGUGUUCGGGACCCCGUGGUCGGUGCAGACCAGUCCGCCCCCGCCGCCGGUGUCCGGCUGCGGGUCCGAGCCCGACGGGAGCGCGCUCUACCCGGGGCUGCCCUGCUCCUCGUCCUCGUCCUCGUCCUCGUCCUCUUCCUGCUGCUCCGGCUCGUCCGCGAGCCCGGCCUUCUUCCAGAGCUUCCCCGCCGUGCCCGGCUUCGGGGGCCCCUUCUCCCCGCAGCCGCAGCAGAGCCGCAGGUCCCCGGUGAGCGCGCACGCACAGCAGCAGCAGCAGCAGCAGCAGCAGCAGCAGCAGGGCGCGUUCCCGCUGCUCAGGAGCGUGUACAGCCCGCAGCAGCCCAUGAUGAAGCAGUCUCCCUGGAGCAGCCAGCAGGGAGGCGCCUGGAGCUCCGCAGGCCUACCCUGGGGUGGGGUGCAUGGGCGGGACCACCGGCGUGCCUCUGCCAUGGGGGUCCCCGGGGGCAUGACCCAGAUUUCGCCCAUGAAGAAGCCCUUCUCCAGCAGCGUGAUCGCCCCUCCCAAGUUCCCACGCUCAAGCGCCGCCUCGCUGGGGGCCAAGUCCUGGAUGGACGACAACAUGUUCCGCACUGACGGCAACAGCAACUCGCUGCUGCCCCUGCAGGACCGGUCCAGACUGUACGACAGCCUCAACAUGCACUCACUGGAGAGCUCCCUCAUUGACAUUGUGAGAGGAGACCAGGACCCCAUGAAAGGCCGAACGGGACUUCCGCUGCAGGGGACGGACAAUCUCCUCAUGCUCAAUGCCAGGAGUUACGGGAGACGCCGAGGACGCUCCUCCUUGUUCCCCAUCGACGACGGUCUCCUCGAUGACGGACACGGCAACCAGGUCGUCCCCGGUGUCCUCAGCUCCCCCAGCUGCUACCCCCACCAGAAUGGCGAGCGCAUCGAGCGCUUCUCCCGCAAGGUGUUUGUGGGCGGCCUGCCCCCGGACAUCGAUGAAGACGAAAUCACGAGCAGCUUCCGGCGAUUUGGACCUCUCGUGGUGGACUGGCCACACAAGGCAGAGAGCAAGUCCUACUUCCCUCCCAAAGGAUACGCCUUCCUGCUGUUCCAGGAGGAGAGCUCUGUGCAGGCCCUCAUCGAGGCGUGUCUCGAGGAAGACGGCAAGCUGUACCUCUGCGUCUCCAGCCCCACCAUCAAGGACAAACCGGUCCAGAUUCGGCCGUGGAACUUGAGCGACAGUGACUUCGUGAUGGACGGGUCGCAGCCGCUAGAUCCUCGCAAGACCAUUUUUGUGGGAGGUGUGCCCCGCCCCCUCAGAGCAGUGGAGUUGGCCAUGAUCAUGGACAGGCUCUACGGAGGGGUCUGCUAUGCGGGUAUUGACACCGACCCGGAGCUGAAAUACCCCAAAGGGGCGGGGCGUGUGGCCUUCUCCAAUCAACAGAGCUACAUUGCAGCCAUCAGCGCCCGAUUCGUUCAGCUGCAGCACGGAGACAUCGACAAGAGGGUGGAGGUGAAGCCGUACGUGCUGGACGACCAGCUGUGCGACGAGUGCCAGGGCGCGCGCUGCGGCGGCAAGUUCGCUCCCUUCUUCUGCGCCAACGUCACCUGCCUGCAGUACUACUGCGAAUUCUGCUGGGCCAACAUCCACUCUCGUGCCGGGCGCGAGUUCCACAAGCCGCUGGUGAAGGAGGGUGCCGACCGACCGCGGCAGAUCCACUUCCGCUGGAACUGAUAUCCGUUCGCCCCGCCCCGCCCCGCAGCAUCGAUGCCCCGCCUCCCUUUAGUCCCACCCCCGCUCGCUCACCCGCUCGCCCGUCGCGAACAGAACAGACCCGUCCUGGCAGAGAUAAAUGCAUUCUCCUGCAUCCCCCACUCACGAGCGGCUGCUCCGCACAUUCGAUGCACCUGCCUGUCCUUCGUAGCAGCGGGAACACAACACGCCCGUUUCCCCGCCAAGAACCCCUGCAUCUCAGGCUCUCACUCCCUUCUUGUGCUACUUUGACGUUUUUAUACGGAGCAACAAACAGAAAGGCGAGGAACUGAUUCUUUCGUAGUUUUUCCAAAUUAUUUUUAUAUGUACAAUUUAAAGUAGCUGCGAAAAUGUUUGCGCACGGGUCCAGAGGCCGCUCGUCCGUCCGUCCGGCUGCUGCUCGGCCCCAGAGGACGAGGCGUGCGCUUAUUUGUGGGGAAUCUGCAGUAGGUGUCCCUCAGAGCCCCGUCCCGAGUCCCGUACCAAAGGUAGCAGAACAACAGGAGACACAAAGAGCAUUUCUGCCACGAGCAACAGUUCGUACUUUGGUGGUGUUGCUCUCUGCUCUGUAUUCUUACCGGGGGAAGACAGGGGUACUGUACCUCGUAGCUGUCUGCUUGCGACAAAUGGCAAUACCUCACUGUAUGGAUCCCGUUUGCUACGGAAACAUUUUUAAUGACGAGCUGUAUUAGAAGCUUUGCUGCUAUAUAACACAAGUGCACGUGUAGGUGUAACGGAGGCCGCGUUUUGACACAGGACGGCACUCCGACAAAGGGGCCGAGCGCAGGGGCUCGACUGCCAGGAACGAUUAGAAUGUGAAAAACCCAACUGCACGUUUACGUCUACGACCAUAUGCAUGCGACGCAAUUAUAGGUGCGCACACAAGGACAGCAGCCAGUUACGGAAAUCAUAUUACUAAGGAGCUCUAGGUAGCAUGGAUACAAGUGACAAAUUUUCGUAGUAAACGAUUAAAAAAUAAAAAUAAAAAAAAAACGUAAAAAAGUGUUUAAAAAAUCCUUGCAUGCAUCUUUGUCCGUUUCUGAAAGUGUCUUAUGUGCGUUCUCAUACACACGCGAAACCAGGCGUUAGAUUAGCGAGUCCCUUUGUUAGGAGGAGCUCGUGGGUCAGAGGAGAGACGUGUACAUAGUGUUUGUGCUCCUUGUGCUUUGUGGUUCUCUGUAGUGUGUGUGUGUGCAGCUCUUCGUGUACUUUGGGUGGUGAGGUGCGUUAGAAAAGACUAGAUGAAGAGUGACACAUGCAGUCCUCGCUCUUCGCGAGGUUGGUUACUGCAUGGUCAUCCCUCAACACCCAAGAUGACAUCGCUCACUGCUGUAGUGGCGUGUGGUUCGGUGAACUAGGAGAAGAGGAAGUCCUGCUUUGGGCCCUCAGAAUGGAGGCGUGGAGGGGUGUCCUCAAGGAGCUCGCUGGGGGUCUGUGAUCAGAAUGAGACUCCUGGUUGAGGGUGAGAUAUUUUUGGUGAAAAGUCCAUCAGAUGUGUAGUUUGGCCUGAGGUGGUUCCUCCCGCUUGGCUGAAUGUGGUCGGGGGGGCACUCGUCUCCUUCGCACUUUGCACCUCAAAUCGAACCCCCUGCUGAUGGAUGCGGAAAGUACUUUUUGCACAGAGGCAGAGUGAACGAGUCACGUGGAGAAGGUCGUCCCAGGAGUAAUGAGCUCAUGGGAUCGGCCACAGAGCACCUGACUGUGCGGAGAGGCGCGGUACAGUAUCUAGUAGAUGAUGAUGAUGAUGAUGAUGAUGAUGAUGAUGAUGAUCUCUUAGGUCGAUGCAGAAUUGCUGGCGUCAGUCGCGUCUUCGUACUUCAGUGUGGAGAAACAGCUGUCAGUUUUGAUUGAAUUUCCGUUUUGCUCACAGUGUCACGUUGAGUCUGAGCUCAUUGAUUUCUCCUUCGUUUCCUUUGUUGCCCUUAUUGGCAGUUUGUGGGUCACCAUCUACGUGCGUUCAUUUAGCCGAGACUUUUCUCCAAAGCGACGAGCAUCUCGCAGGAAAUACAACGUGUUCGUUAUACACAGACGUGUGGGGGGUGGGUCUCGCUUCUGUCUCCUUAAAGGGCUUCAUCACGUCACACUGCUGGCCCCGUGUAGCCUCUCCACAGGUACAGGGGAGCGGACCAGACCUUUGGCAUCGGAGCAGCCUCGGUCCUCCUUGGAAAGCUCUCUUGAGUCCUGAAGUGUGUGUAGAGGGACACUGCGACGUUCUUACGUUCUUCAGGAGCUAAAGCCUCCGAUUCUGUGGGAGAUGGAGGAGGAGGAAGAUUAAUUUGUACUCUGUGCUUCGGAACUCGCCACAAAGGUUCAGCGGUUUAGAUGUGAUCGCUGAGGAGGAUAUUGGGAGAAGUGUGUUUGCGCCACGGGGGGCACCUGGUCCUCGAACACAUAUUGAAAUAUGUUCCUUGGCUGUUAUUCGGCCAUGCAGAGCAAUUCAGUUCGAUUCAGUUUGUUUUUCUAGAGCCCUUCUCACAAUGUGACACAGAGCGCUGAACGAAGGCGAAAGGGCAAAGAAGCAAAAGUAAGUGCUGAUUACAAACCAGGGUUACACAGUAUUCAUGCAGGUAUUAAAGCGAUUGGUAUGUCUACUGGCUACGGAGGAAAGGAACCAAAAACUCCCAGCGGAAAGUCAUGGGAGGAAAAAAACCUCUGGGGGUCCAGUGGCUGAUACCUGCUCCCUGCCCCCCGCCACGGGGAUUCUAGAUUGAACAAGAUUUAAGUAUAAGUCAGUUUACAGGUAAUAAAAUUGUUGCUGAAUGUUCUGGUGGGGGCGGGGGUGCGGUGGCGCAGUGGCGCAGUGGGUUGGACCACAGUCCUGCUGUCCGG